AUGUCGGAACAAGCCGAGCCCGUAGAAGAUACCACUCACAUCGAAGACCCCAAUUUCUACUACGGCUAUGGCGGAACGUUCAAUUUCCUCAACGGGGACGUCUACGAAGGCGACUACGUAGCCCACAUCAGCGGGCUGGUCUGGAGAGAAGGAAAAGGCACGUACAGGACGCGCGACGGAGACAUCUACUCGGGUAAGUGGUACAACGAUCAAAUCGCCGAAGACGAAGACUUCGAGAUCACCUACCAGGACGGCAGCAAAUACACCGGCCGGAUCGUGAAGAGCCACUACGAAGGAUCCGCGGUGUUCAUGGCGCAAGAAGGGUUCCACGUCUUCUGCAACUUCGCCGGCAACAAACCCGAUGGGGAAAUAUGCAUGGUGGACGUCAAAGGACGCGAAUGGAAUGCGCAAGCUCGGGACUCCGACGCCCUGCUCCUGCCGGAGCAUCCGUUCUACAACGACAUCUCGCCGAGGCUCGGGAAGGGCGUGCUCAGGAUACAGAAGGCCACGCAGAGUUUGGUCGACGUGCCGUCGGUGCGCAGCCUCAAGCCCAUGAACCAGGAGACGCUCAACAAGCUCGAGAUAAAAAUCUUCGCCAAGACGAAGAAGACGAUUUCGAAUUUGAAGUUCGAAAAUUCGCGUUGGUACCAAAAUUGGAUGACGUUCAAGCACACUUACGAAACCGUCGAAAGAAGAAUUAAAAACUUUGGGAUCGAGAGUCUGUCUCACAUGGAGAAACAGUGGUUGGCCAAAUACGAGGAAUUCAAGAAGAGAUACUCGGCGAUAAUGGAGGCGAGGCAUUCGCAGAAAUUGAAAACCGAAGCCGAUUGUAAAUUGUACGAGUUGUAUCAGACCGAGGAGUUUCUGCCGCCGGUUACCGUAUUCACGGCGUUCGAGAAAUUCGGCGACGACGAUUACGAAGCCGAGGAAGACGGUAUGAUGUUGCUGACGAAAAACGUAAACUUGAGUCUGCUGCGAUAA